GAGCAGAUAGUGGUGGUAGGGAAGCUCAUGGAAUAAUUGUCACCGUUUACGAUUUACCAUUGCCAUCCACAUCAACCAUUUUUUCACGUUCUAAAUCAGCGGUUUUUAUUCUUUUCUAGUAUACAAUUUAGAUAUUCUUUUGUCUUCUGUAUUCUAUUUCCUAAUUAUCCAUUCACCCCAUAAUCCAAAGCUAUGCUUUACGGCCAAAACCUACCGUGGCGGAUUGCGCUUCGAAAUGUAACCAUUAAACAAAAUACCGAAGUUUCAAGUACGGUUUUGAGGAGGACAAUCAGACAGUAUCAUGGCAGAUCCGCACCGUCGUCGGUCUCUUUACGAUCUCCUUCCUUUCGUUCAGGCCUUGGUGGCGUCGCAAGGUUUUCAACAUCUCCUGCUGUACGAAAAGAUGUCCCGAAAGACUUGUUCAAUCAAGCAGAAAUAGCAUCUGCGGAGGAGAAGAAGGAGAAGAAGUCAAAGGCUAAGACUGAAUCAGUCGAGGAAGUCAGUGGCGAGAAGGAAAUAGAAACCAAGAGCAAGACAGGCGAAGCAACAUCUUCUGGCAGUAAUACUUCUUCUGGGAGUGCGGCUGAUGGGAAAGGAAGUAGUGCUGGCGGCGCAGGAGAUUCUGGCAAUAAUGAUGGCGGAAAGAAAGGUCGCAAAGGAGCUUCGGAAAAGGCUCUACAAAAAACUAUGGUUCCAGAAGUAUAUCCACAAGUGAUGGCAAUUCCAAUCACCAAGAGACCUCUAUUCCCUGGAUUCUACAAGGCUGUCACUGUGCGAGAUCCCAAUGUUGUAGCUGCUAUUCAGGAUAUGAUGAAGAGGGGCCAGCCAUACAUUGGAGCUUUCUUAUUCAAGGACGACAAUAUGGAUAAAGAUGUCAUUGAGAACAUAGAUGACGUACAUGAUGUAGGAGUUUUCGCACAAAUUACUAGCGCUUUUCCCGUUCACGGGGAUGAUUCAGCUCUGACUGCGGUACUUUAUCCACAUCGUCGAAUUAAGAUGUCUGCUCUCAUCAGUCCUGAGCGUGAGAACACUGAUGCAAAGAAGACCGAAAGCACGCAAGCUGAACCACCUGUUCCCGAGAUCAUACCCGCAAAAUCUACAAAGGAGGAACCUUCUGAAAAGAAGGGUGAUGUUGUAGCUAGUUUCGAAGAAGGAACGGUGACGCAGAAAACUUCAGACCGACCCGUGUUGCCGUACGAGCCAAUAUCGUUCUUGCGCAAAUACCCCGUCAGUCUGGCAAACGUGGAGAAUCUGACCGAAGAGUCGUAUGAUCCUAAAAGCCCUAUAAUCCGUGCCGUUACAAAUGAAAUUGUCAAUGUGUUCAAGGAGGUGGCAACUCUCAACAGUCUCUUCCGAGAUCAAAUUUCCACAUUUUCAAUGAGUCAGUCAUCGGGCAAUGUUAUGUCAGAGCCUGGGAAACUUGCAGACUUUGCUGCAGCUGUCUCUGCUGGUGAAGUCUCCGAGCUUCAAGAUGUGCUUGAGACUCUCAAUAUUGAGGAGAGAUUACAAAAGGGUUUGACUGUCUUGAAGAAGGAGUUAAUGAAUGCUCAGUUGCAAUCGAAAAUUUCAAAAGAUGUUGAGAAUAAGAUUCAGAAGCGUCAACGUGAAUACUACUUGAUGGAACAAUUGAAGGGUAUUCGUAGAGAGCUUGGUAUUGAGUCUGAUGGUAAAGAUAAGCUGGUUGAGAAAUUCAAGGAGAAGGCAGCCAAGCUUGCGAUGCCGGAAGUAGUCAGGAAAGUUUUCGAUGAAGAAAUCAACAAACUAGCACAUCUUGAACCAGCUGCGUCUGAGUUCAAUGUCACGAGAAAUUACUUGGAUUGGUUGACACAAAUCCCAUGGGGUCAACGCAGUGCAGAAAACUUCGGAAUCAACAAUGCUAUGACUGUGCUUGACGAAGAUCACCAUGGUUUGAAGGAUGUGAAAGAUCGCAUUUUGGAAUUUAUCGCGGUUGGUAAACUGAGAGGUACCGUAGAGGGUAAAAUCUUAUGCUUCGUUGGUCCUCCUGGUGUCGGUAAGACAAGUAUUGGUAAGAGUAUUGCCAGAGCUCUUAACCGUCAAUACUACAGAUUUAGUGUGGGAGGUCUCACAGAUGUUGCGGAAAUCAAGGGUCACAGAAGAACAUAUGUUGGAGCACUUCCUGGAAGAAUCAUUCAGGCGCUGAAGAAAUGUCAAACUGAAAACCCAUUGAUUUUGAUUGAUGAGAUUGACAAGAUUGGUAGAGGUCAUCAAGGUGAUCCUGCAUCUGCACUUUUGGAAUUACUGGAUCCUGAACAAAACACUUCUUUCCUCGACCAUUAUCUCGAUGUUCCUGUGGAUCUCUCUAAAGUUCUUUUUGUCUGCACAGCCAACAUGACCGAUACCAUUCCUCGUCCUUUACUUGAUCGUAUGGAGAUGAUUGAAUUGUCAGGAUACGUUGCGGAUGAAAAGAUGGCAAUUGCGGAGCGCUAUCUUGGACCCGCAGCCAAGGAAUUAGCUGGUCUGAAGGAGGUUGAUGUGAACCUUAGUAAAGAAGCCAUUGAGGAACUCAUUAAGUCAUACUGCAGAGAGUCUGGAGUUAGAAACCUCAAGAAACAGAUUGAAAAGGUUUACCGUAAAUCUGCUUUAAAGAUUGUUCAGGACCUUGGAGAGAGUGUUCUUCCUGAAGAAGAGGCCUUGACUGAAGAAGGCAAGGCAGCUCUAGAGGAAUCCAAGAAAGAUGAGACUGAUGUUAAAGAAACGCCUGAAACGAUUGAAAAGGAGACUACUGAGGUACCUCGAGUUAGUCUUAAGGUUCCUGAUGAUGUACACGUCACCAUUGGAAAGGAUAACCUUAAGGAUUACGUGGGUCCACCAGUCUUCACCUCGGAUCGUCUAUAUGAUGUUACACCUCCUGGUGUCGCAAUGGGUCUGGCCUGGACACAAAUGGGUGGUGCCGCAUUAUACGUUGAAUCCAUUCUCGAAAGUGCCUUAUCCCCUUCCUCCACCCCUGGUCUCGCUACCACUGGUAAUCUCCAAGCUGUCAUGAAAGAAUCCACCACGAUCGCGUAUUCCUUUGCCAAAUCAGUCAUGGCCAAAAACUUCCCCGAUAAUCACUUCUUCGAUAAGGCGAAAUUGCAUCUUCAUUGUCCUGAGGGAGCGGUUCCAAAAGAUGGACCGAGCGCGGGUAUCACGAUGGCUACUUCGUUGCUUUCGCUAGCACUAGAUAGACCGCUUGAUCCAACGAUUGCUAUGACGGGUGAACUUACCGUCACGGGCAAGGUACUUAGGAUUGGAGGGUUAAGGGAGAAGACAGUAGCGGCGAGAAGGGCGGGAAGCAAAAUGAUUAUCUUCCCAGAUGAUAAUAUGAGUGAUUGGUUGGAGCUUCCAGCUAACAUCAAAGAUGGAAUUGAAGGUAAACCUGCCAAAUGGUAUUCGGACGUAUUUGAUCUCGUCUUCCCAAAUCUGGAUAAAGAGGCUGCAAAUGGGCUUUGGAAAGAUCGAUUGGUGAAGAAGAAGGGGGAGAAGGAUGGCGAUGAAGAGUGAGGAAUUCAUUUACUCCAUUUGAUUGGGGGGGAAUGAAAAUAUACAUGGAGACAUAGUGUAAAUAGUAGAAGAAGAAUCUGGUGAAAAUUACCGUUGUGGUAUUGUGGCACUGGUGAUCUUGGUGCAGUUGUGUGCAUGCUUGAUUCUUGAGCAGAGAUGGAUGAUUGGAUGGAUGGAUGGGCAUUUUAUGGCGUUGGCUGGGAGUUUUUUUUUUUUUUCCUUUUUAAAUGAUGGAUGAACGGAUGGAUGAACGGAUGGAUGGAUGGAUCUCUACUCUACGCAUAAAUAUGGAUUUACAAAUGGCUUUUGAGGGGAUUGAAGCAUGGAUGGGUGGAUGGAUGGGUGGAUGGGUGACAAUUUUGGGAGGGGGAAGGGGAAUCGGGAGGAGGGGAGGUAUAUAUGAUCUACAUGUUCAUUAACACUUUUUGGUAACUCUGGGAGGAGAAGAGGGGGAGAGGGAGGGAAGAGAGGGAGGGAAGGGGAGAGGUAGAUAGAUUUGGUAUGAUGUAAUCGUAUUUUUAUUUUUAUUUUGUUUAAGUUUAUGUGUGUGUGUGUGUGUGUGUGUUUAGUAUAUUUGAAUAUCGUACAAUAGAAACGGAAGUGGAAAGUAGAAGUGACAAGAAUGGAGAGGUGAGAACUUUGUAGCAGGUAGCUAUGCUAUGCUGUGCUGUGCUGUGCUAUUAUAUUAUAUUAUAUUAUAUCA